CGUCGAUUGAAAUCGAUUCCUCAUUACAAUAAUUCUGACAUAAAUAAAUUUAAUCAAUCGAAACAAAAAAAAACAAAUUUAAUUCGAUUCAAUUUCGAAUUUAUUACAAAUCACAGUUUUGAAUAUAUAUACAUUCAUGUUAAUGGUUUAUUCAUUUGCUUAAUGUCUUGGUUGUGUUUCUCAUUCGUAAUGAAUAUAUAUGAAACAAACACAACAAUGAUGUCCGAUUUGUCUCAAGAUUUUUUGCGGAAUGGUGCCGUUGAAGUUCAAGGCGAAAAUGGUGUUUUCUAUCCUGCUUAUCUUUAUGACAUAAUUGAACCAUCACAAUUAUCACAACCACAAGACUGUCAAUUAUCAUCAUCAAAUAAUAAUGCAAGUAGUCAACAACAACAACAGAUUAAUGAUCAAUCUAUGUGUUUUGGCUCGAUGAAUGGUUCUGGUCAACAAAGUGGUGGUCCUAGUGGUAGUGGUGGUGGUGGUGCCAAAUCCAAUACGAUCAUUUCAUCAUCGAAUACGAAUGAAACCCAUGUUGUUGUUAUAUUUCAAAAUAAUUACUUCCCACGAUCUUCAUUUCCUAUAUCACGUAUUCGACUUCCUCCGGCUUCAACAUCACCAUUAUCAUCAUCAUCCAGUGCAACAACCAACAAUGAUAAUGGCGAAAUUGAUAAAACUAGUAAUUCACUGUUGUCUGGUCUAUCUGGUCUGAAUAUUUCGAAUGCUUCCAAUACUACUAGUAAUCAAUUGCAAUCAUCUAAUGCAGCUAAUGCUAAUAAUUGCACAAAUUCAAUGGAAGGCGCUAAUCCGGACAUAACUGUCGGUAUGGAAGUGGAAGUUUUUUCAUCAAGUUCUGAUCAACCACGUGGAUGGUUCAGAGCUAUUGUCAAAAUGAUCAAAGGUUGUUUCUACGUUGUCGAAUACAUUCAACAUAAUCAGCAAAAUACAUUAUCAAAUGAUCCAUCAUCAUCUGGUUUGGGCAAUCAAAAUCCGGCACAGAAUUUUACUGAAAUUAUUCCCAAUGAUGAUAUACGAGUGAAAAAUCCGAAUCCAUUGCUACGAACAAAUCCGUUUUUCCGAUUCGAAUUAGCCAUACCGGAGGAUUUCAAAUCAUUCAAUACUAGUUGGUUAUUGAAAGAAGAAGCUCAUCGACAAUUCAAAUUGUCGAUCAGUGCCAAUGUUGUUCGUUUUGAUGAAACCAAAAACUGUCUUGUUGUGAUCGGCUAUUCCCAAUCGCCUACCGAGAAGAGCUUUAUUGCCUCGAAAUUGGAGAAUCGUGCCGCAAUGUUAUCCGAAAUGCAUUUCCGUAAUCUGAAACAAAAAUUGAUCUUGUUGGGUGAUGCCGAAGAGGCUGCCAAAAAAUUAGAAUCGACAAGAAUGCCGACCAAUCAAAAUGAACAUGGUUUUUAUGAAGCACGAAUCUUGGUGCCCGAAAAUUUAAUGGGUUUGGCCAUCGGUGCACAUGGUGUCAAUAUUCAACAGGCCCGUGGUGUGGCUGGUGUCGUUCAAAUUGAUAUAAUGGAUAAUCCUACGGCAUUCCUUAUUCGUACGCAAAAUCUUGAAGCUUUACACAAAGCUCGUUCAAUGUUGGAGUUUGCUGAAAAAAUUAUCGAUAUUCCUCGUUCAUUGGUUGGCAAAACGAUUGGUCGUAGUGGACGUGUAAUACAAGAAAUUGUUGAUAAAUCUGGUGUAGUUCGAGUCAAAAUUGAAGGUGACCAAGAGAAUGAAGCACCACGUGAAUAUGUGCCUUUUGUAUUUGUCGGUACUCUGGAAUCUGUUCAAAAUGCUCAAAUAUUGCUCGAGUAUCACAUAAAUCAUUUACAAGAAGUGGAAAAAUUACGCAAAGAAAAUAGCGAGCUGUUCCAACAAUUACGACAGCAAUCGGUGACUAUAAAUUCUUCACAACAUGCAAACAAUACUGGACCUGAUUAUGAUUAUAUGAGUGGUGGUAGCGGUGGUCAACCAUCUCGUGGAGGACGCGGUGGAAACAUUGGUGGUAUGCGCGGUGGUCAUCUUGGUGGCCGUCGUAGUGAUCGACCCCAACGUGAUGAUCGCCCACCGCGAGAAGGUCGACGUCCUUUUAUUGGUGGUCCUGGCGGGGGUAAUGGUCCAACUGACACACGUCUUCCACGUGAAAGACCACAACAACGUGGAACAUAUGGUCCACGUGGUUUUGGUAGCGGAACACGUCGUGGUGGUGGUGGUGGAAAUUUCAGCAAAGAUAAUUCACCAACCGAACCUGGAUUAAUUCGACAAGAUCGUGCCGAUAGUAUGCCAUCCUCAAACAGUAAUCCGAACAAUGAACAAAUUCAGCAGCAGCCACCACAACAAGGCCAAACACCACAUUCAUCAGCUAAGUCACAUAGUCAUCGUGGAAGUGGUGGUCCUGGUGGUGAUCAGCCACAACGCCCACAGCGUAAUUCGUCCCAUCGUAAUCAACGAAUGUCACGUGGUGGCCGUAGUCAUGAAAGUGGUAAAGGUGGUGGUGAACAUCAUCCGAACAUGAAACAAAAAAUGAAUGGUGUUCGUUCAUUUUCAUCGAAUAAUUCUCAACCAUCGAACAACAAUAAUGCAGCCAAUGGUAGCAAUGUUGGUGGUGGUACAAUCACCACUGAUAUGGAAACAACAAAUGGCGGUAUGCCGGAUGUCGUUGUUAAUGAUGAUGAUUCAUCGCCAAUUCAGCAACAAACACCAAUCAUUAACGGUGAUUAAAUAUUUUUGAAAUUUCAUAAAUCUGCAACAUGAUACAAGUCAUACCGGAACCAUCUACCAACCAACCCCCGUAUAAGCAAAAUAUCCGUUUCUUUCUUUGUUUUUUCUUCACACUCUUCAUUUCUAUUCUCAUAAUUUCUUUUUUUUCCUCUGUGUUAUAAUUGUCUUAUUUCUGCUCUGAUGAACGAUUAUCCACUUUUCUUACUCAGCACCACCAUAUAAAACAAACAUUUGUAUUUCAAUUUUAAUACCGCACACAUACACAGACAUAAACACCGAGAAAAAAAUAUACAUAUAUACAAGAUAUAUAAAAAUGCAAACAUUGAUGUAAAAAGA